AUGCGACAUCAAAGUAGAGAAGAAAAGCAGACGAGCGAGGGAAGAAAACUAGACAGAUUGCUUUCCACGUCAGGCUUGUUGCUGUCUGUGGCAUGUUGUAUCGCAAUAAUUCACGUGGAACUCAGAUUACGAGAACAUUAUCGAUUGAUAUCACACUGUGGAACAUUCUUCUUUGAAAUGGAGGCAGAAAUCCGUCGAAAAGUUCAGGAGAACUCAGAGAACGGAAGAUGGCAAGUAGGCAGAAACAGCCAUUUGGAAGGUGAGGCUAAAAGAAGUAACAUUCAUUCAGGAAUUCGAAAUAGCGGUAUUUUACUACUCUCCGCCUCUAAUCGCAAUACUCGCCAUCGCUCGGAAGUCUUAGUUUAUGAUUGCUAAUUAAGGUUCCUUUUCGUAAAUGUAUUUGUUUGAUUGUCACCUUGCAGGAGAGAAGUACAGUCAAUUUCCGAUAAUGCUCAUCGGAUGCGCUUAAACAAUUUGUAUUUUUAGAGAACAAAGAUAUUAGUGAUGUUUCGCAUUCUUAAAUGUUUACUAUAAGUUUGUUGGAGAGAAGUACAGUCAAUUUCCGAUAAUGCUCAUCGGAUGCGCUUAAACAAUUUGUAUUUUUAGAGAACAAAGAUAUUAGUGGGCAUUUACUCUACAUUCGCAGGCAUCUGUAGACUGUACUAUUUUCGAAAACUUGUACUUCUUAUGGGGCUAUUAAUUAUGAAAGAACUCUGUUUAUACUAUGAUCAUUUUUAAAACUGACUUCUUGAAUUUAUGUUCAAGGACUGAGUUCAAGACAUAAACGGGGAUCAGAGAACAUCUCACAAAGUAUAUCGGCACAAAUAUCUAGUGAAGUAAAACUGGUGAUCAAAGAAGAGCUUCGUCUGCUGCAAAAUCAAAUCUGCGCUAAAAAUGAAAAGCUCUGCCGCUCAGGACCAAAAGGGAGCAGAGGACGACGGGGAAAACCAGGAACCCGAGGGAGACCGGGUGCACGGGGAGCUCCAGGACCAAUGGGUAUAAAAGGCGAUCUUGGAAUUCCGGGUGAUCCUGGUCCCGCGGGACGUAGAGGCCCGCCAGGUGAGAAAGGCGAAAAAGGUGAACCGGGUCUGUCCGUCUCGGCUCCAGUUCUUCUGGAGCGGCCUGUUGAAUCAACAGUCAAUGAAAGUCAGAUAGUCGUCUUAAAAUGUACAGCGGACGGUUACCCAACUCCACAAGUCACAUGGUCAAAGAUGAAUUCAUCGCUUCCUGUGGGACGUCACAUGGUAGAGUCCAGUGGUGCUCUGGUUGUGACGGACGUUAGACCUGGAGACGAGGGUGUUUACAGCUGCAGAGCUGAGAAUUUGCUUGGGAGCGUCAACUCUACAGCGAAUCUUACAGUUCAGUGUAAGUUAAGUUUUUACUUUGAGUAGGACUUUAGAAUUUUUCUUUCAGCAAUCGGGGACUAAGUUUAAUCAUACAGAAAAGAUUUUUAAGUGAGCAAAACGUGACUGUACUGAUAAUGGUAUCUGCAUGCACCCCCCACCCCUUGGGCGGGACUCCCAUAGAAAAGUGACGGGUAUGCUCGUCGGAAAAUUAGAUUGAACUCCUAGGGAAGACCAAUGUGGGUGUGGCUCAAGCUUAAACUGACCCUUAACGGAGACCAUACUAAAACAGACGUCACAGCAUUUUUUGUCAGCGAUACUUGAAUAGAGAAUUUCCCUCCCAAACACCCUAAGUGAGAUCAAAAUCUGCAAUUUACACCCGUAAGCGAGACGAUGAGGAUCCCCGUCACUUUUAUAUGGGACUCAUGCCACUUAAGGCAUGACUACCUAAAUAUGCAUAUUUUGAUAAAAUGCUACUUAGAACGGUUUGCUUCUAUCAAUAAUCUUGAAAAUGGGACUACAUUUAAUGUAGCUUAGUGGCCUUAGCAAUGUGAGACAUUUUAGAAGCUCAAAUUUUUGUCACGUGACUUAUAACUGAGAAUUAACGGUCAAAAUGUUUACUCUAAAAUGGGGAAAGGAUAAUGGUAGAGCAACAAGUUUUUUUAGGUUCUGAAAAAUUCGUCUUGCGGUUUACGAUAUAUAGGAAUCGGUAAAUAGAGAGGAAAGGGUCACGUGAGUUGUUAAUUAGUUAAAUAGCUAAUAGGAUAAAUAACAUUUCCAAUCAUACAAGGCGAAUUUACAAUUUACACUGUUUAUCUAACAUUUUGGUGGUGAAAAUUCCCCGUUUAGGAAAACGUGUUUUGUGACGUCAUUGACGAAGCAAUGUCACGUGUUAUUUGAAACUACGUUUUGCGUGUUUUUUUCGUUGAGCCACAUUUGUAGUUCACUUGUCAGGAUCACUGAUGGAAGCAAACCGGUUAAAACGGCAUUUUACACAAUAUACAUAUUUAAUUAGGUAGUCAAGCCUUAAGUGCUGAGGAGUCGCCUCUCCGGGCCGCAAGCACUUUUUGUCGCAGACCCGCAGGUUGUCCUAGUUAGAAAUGUAAGCCGUGAGCGUUAGCACAGUGUUUCUGUUACAAAAUAGUCAAAAUAUUCUGAUUUGCCAGAACCGAUUUUAAAUCUAGAUACGGUAUCGAAUAAUAACAUAAAGACAACUUAGUGAAAUUUAAAAAAACCUUUCGAUGGUGAAACACUCACACACAAAAACGACACGAGAAGAAAAAGACGAUAACUAAAUUAAAGCUUGGUAAGCUGUUUUUACAAUUAUGUUGAGACCCGACCAAUGGAAGUCAAAUCAAAUCUAUCGAAGAAAGGUAUCUCUCAUAGCAUUUGCUUGUUCGUAUUUUUUUCCACGUAAUGUUUCCUCAGCGUCGUUUGUUCUGCACUGGAUAAAAGGAAGGUUCUGUUUUUAAUCCUUGUAGAUGGCCCUCAACUUUAUUUGGCAUCUAAUCGACUGAUGGCCGAAGAGAAACAAAACGUCACAAUCGCCUGUACUGCUACUGGUAAGCCGCAACCCGCGAUCACGUGGUCCAGAGCGGCGGAUGAACUACCUUCAGAAAGAACUGUCAUGAGAGAUGGAGCACUGAUAAUCUCCAAUGUAUUGAGAAAAGACGGAGGCCUAUACAUUUGCGAAGCAGAGAAUAUUUUGGGAUCAGUGAUAGGUACAGCUCUACUUAUGGUAUUUUCUCCUCUGCGCUUCAAGUUUCGCCCCCCUGAAGAGGUGACUCUAUUUAUUGGCUCCAGUCUCCAUCUGUCCUGUGUAGCCGUGAGUGACCUAAGACCGAGAAUAACCUGGACAAGGGAUGGAAUGUCCUCACUUCCAGCGGAAUCUUUUGUUCUACAGAAUGGAACACUUGUAAUUCAAAACAUUAAAAAAUCGCACCAAGGAUUUUACACCUGUAGAGCAACUAAUGCUGUGAAUACAAUAAAAGCUAAAGUCAAAAUCAGUCCUCCACCUGCCUCCUGUUCUGUGAUAAGAAAACGUGUUAGAAGUGUGAGCGGAAAUUAUGUCAUUGAUCCUGAUGGCCAGGGUGGUCUCGCACCGUUUUCUGUUUAUUGUGACAUGACUGACAAGAAUGGAAUUGGCGUGACAGUCAUCAGUCACGACAGCGAGAACAGAACAGCCGCCAUUAAACGUAAAGCUCGCAACAUUCACUACUCUGGAGCGAGUCUGUCUCAAUUGGCGAGUCUCACUAGAGUUUCCUCACACUGCGAACAGUUUAUUAAGUAUGAGUGUUAUCACUCGGGUUUGUGGCUCCACAAUCCAACCUCAUGGUGGGUGUCGCGUGAUUCUAAUAAGAUGAAUUACUGGGGUGGAGCAUCACCUGGUAGUGGUAAGUGCGCAUGCGGUAUGACUAACUCCUGCGCUUCCUGUAACUGUGACAGGAAUGACCAUGUAUGGCGUGAAGACAGCGGUCUGCUCACUGACAAGACAACUCUUCCAGUAAAACAGCUUUAUUUCAGCGAUCUCGGUGGGUACGAAAGAGGCUACCACACUCUCGGAAAAUUGAAGUGCUAUGGCAUAGCGUGA